AAGAGGAAUGCCUGCCUUGAGUAAUAGCAACCAGAUGGGAGGUGCUAUGAAUGCAAUAGGAAGUUAUAAUUCUUUACAUUCAGUGUUUGGUUCAGGAGACACAAACACACCACCAUUAUUAGACCUAAGUGAAUUUCCUUCAUUAACUAAUAGAAAUGCAAGUGAUGUACCUCAACCAAGUCCAAUGCCAGGUGGUAAACCAUACGUAGGGAUGGUUAAACAACCUACAUCAGAGUCAAGUGAAUUUACAAUGUCAUCAGAGGAUUUUCCUGCCUUACCAGGUACACAAAGUAGGGAUGGGUGCUCAUCACCAAACGGUACAAACUUAUCAUCAGAUAAAAACGGUAGUGGAGGUGGAGGUGAUGGUGUAACGGACGGUGGUAAUCGGACGUCGGACGGAAGUAAAGGAGCAAAUUCUAAGCAAGGCAUCGAAACUUAUCCAGACGGCAGAGUGACGAAUAUUCCGGCGAGUAUGGUGAACGACCAAUUCGGCAUCGUCGGUUUGCUGACUUUCAUUCGAGCAGCAGAAACCGAUCCCAAUUUAGUAUCACUGGCGUUAGGACAGGACCUCACGGCGCUCGGACUGAAUCUCAAUUCACCCGACAAUUUGUAUCCCACGUUUGGUGGACCGUGGGCGGAGCAUCCGUGCCGUCCCCAAGAUAUAGACUUUCACGUUCCUCCUGAAUAUCUCGUUAAUAGUGCGAUAAGAGAUAAGUUGGCAGCGUUAAAACUUAAUCGUUACAAAGAUGAUCUCCUAUUUUUUCUAUUUUACAAUUAUUGCGGCGAUGUUCUUCAGAUUGCUGCAGCAACCGAACUGUACAGUAGGGAGUGGCGGUAUCAUACGGAAGAAAAAAUGUGGAUAACCCAGGUCCCUGGCAUGGUGCUGAUGGAGAAAACGUCUACGUAUGAGAGGGGCACCUAUUAUUUUUUCGACGCAAAUAAUUGGCGAAAAGUAGCUCGUGAGUUUCAUUUGGACUACAGCAAGCUGGAGGGUCGGCCCGUCAUUCAGUCCGCAAUGCACAAUCCCACGUGAACGACCUUUUUUCCCUCCACCCCUCAUACAACCGUUUUCAUCACCACCAACUUACAUUUUUUCUUCUUCUCCUUCUUCAUACAGUUGCCCACAUUUGCUUUUUUCUUCCCAGAAGAACCACAUCGUUGUGAUUGCAGUUUUAAUUUUAUUUUCUUUCAUUUGUCGGUCAUCUUUAUAUUAGAACAUUUAUUUAUUAAUAAACCCUCGCAUUCGAUAAAAGACCUACUAGUGUUAAUUGACCUAAAGAAGCAGCUAGAAAAGAGGGAGAAGAAAAACCAAUGACAACCACACAACAGUAAUAGUUUAAAAAUGGACUCUGAUGGCUUUUUAAAGGUUUCUGGAGCUCAGUUGAGUGGAAUAAAAAUAAAAUUGUUAGUGACGCAUAAGUCAAUUAUAAUCAACAAAGAAAAAUCAGAAAUAAGUGAUAAUCAUUUACUUUUCUGUGUUCAUUGUUAUGAGUGAUUUUUUUUUGAAUUAUAUAUAUUUCGUUUUGAUUUUAUAGUGAAUUACUGUAAUUCUGUUAUUAAAAUAACUAUAUCAACUGGUCUGCAGGAAUGACGUGAGUUAAAAAGUUAACAUCUGGAAUAAGUAUUACAGUUAAUAUUUGAUGAAAUUCUUGAACACAAAUACAUACAGGACAUACACAACACACAUAUACUGUCAUUUUAUUUGUAAAUUACUUGUACAUUAAUAAACAUUGUCGAUGAGUUUA